GCGGGGAGGAGCCGCCGGGGAGGCCGGGAGGGGCGAGGCCGAAGCUGCUCCGGCGGGCAGGUGCGCGGAUCGGGGCGCGCAGCUGGCGACGCGCCUCCCUCGCCAUCCUCGGCUCUUCUUGCAAGCGGCGCCUCGCCAUCCUGCAACUCUCCUUUCUCGCAAUCUCCGGCUCGGACGCCCACCCCCUCCCCACCAGAGCAUGACCCGGGGGGCUCUUUUCUCCAGUGGGGCGCAGAUCUAAGCUCCCCCCCCAAAAAAAAACCCAGCUUGCAUUGGAGGCAGAUCCAGGGAACCGGCAGCGUCGCUUUCCAGCUGCCCCACCCGCCUUGCGCGCCAGCUGUGUGCGCUUUUCUCGCAGGAGGGGCAGAAUAAAAGGGGGCUGGAUUCUACCCGCCCCCCCAAAGCGCGUCCUUCUCCCUCCUUCUGAGGCAGAAGCUGAGCAUCGCCCAAAGCGCGGAGACACCACCUCUGGGCUCCUCUUCCCCUCUCCUUCCCGGCUGACUUGACCCCGCCAUGUCGGUCCUGGUGGAGAUUGGCGACAACCAAUCGGAGAGGAUGACGGCCGACGACAUCAUCGUCCACACACGGCAGGUGAUGAAAGGGCUGGAGGCUCUGCGCAGCGAGAACAAGAGCAUCCAUCACCGGCUGCAGGAGGCUCUGUUGAGGGACAGGCAGCUCCUGGACGAGAGAGAGGAGGCCGUGGAGGCAGAUGCGGAGGCCGUGGACAUGCAGGCGCUGGAGCUGCUGGAGGAAAAGCACGACCUCAUCUAUAAAAGUCUGGAAGGGAUUGAGCUGGGCAUUGCGGAGGCCCAGAUGAUGGUAGCUUUGUCCUCUCACAUUGGGUCGCUGGAGGCGGAGAAACAGAAGCUGCGAGCUCAGGUCAAGCGUCUCUGCCAGGAGAACCUCUGGCUGCGGGACGAGUUGGCGCUCACCCAACUGCGCCUUCAGCACAGCGAGGAAUCGGUGGCGCAGUUGGAGGAGGAAAAGAAGCACCUUGAAUUCCUCAAUCAGCUCAGGCAAUAUGACCCGAGGGAUGACCAGGCGGAGAAGGACGACUCGGAGCAGAGGAAGGACAGCCUGUCUUCGCUCUUCCCCAACGAUGACGAUGAGCAGAGGCAGGGAGGGAACCCGAGCGCAGCCGCUUCGGCCGCUCAGCAAGGGGGCUACGAGAUCCCGGCUCGGCUGCGGACCCUCCACAACCUGGUGAUCCAGUACGCCUCUCAGGGGCGCUACGAAGUGGCCGUCCCCCUCUGCAAACAGGCGCUGGAAGACCUAGAGAAGAGCUCUGGACACAGCCACCCAGAUGUGGCCACCAUGCUGAACAUCUUAGCCUUGGUUUAUAGGGACCAGAACAAGUACAAGGAGGCCACAGAGCUGCUGAACGAUGCGCUCGAUAUCCGGGAGCAGACUCUGGGUGUGGAGCACCCUGCCGUGGCUGCGACUCUUAAUAACCUGGCCGUGCUCUACGGGAAGAGGGGAAAAUACACAGAAGCCGAGCCGCUCUGCAAGAGAGCCUUAGAGAUCCGAGAGAAGGUGUUGGGCACCGAUCACCCAGACGUGGCCAAGCAGCUGAACAACCUGGCGCUCCUGUGCCAGAACCAAGGAAAGUUUGAGGAGGUGGAGCAGUACUACCAGAGGGCUCUCUGCAUCUACCAGACCCGGCUGGGGCCCGAUGACCCAAACGUGGCCAAGACUAAGAACAACCUGGCAUCGUCUUACCUGAAGCAGGGCAAGUACCAACAGGCUGAAGAGCUCUACAAGGAAAUUCUGUCCACACACGACCAGGAUUUGGGCGUCAGCAGAGGCGAUGAGAGCAGAACGGGACCCGGAAGAGGCGCCCUGUAUAGCCAGGACUCCCUUGGGAACCUGAGGCGCAGCAGUUCCUUUUCCCGCUUCCGCGAGUCCCUCAAGCGAGGCAGCGAGAAACUCGUCUCCAAACUCAAAGGGGAAGGCGGACGGCGCCCCAUUGCAGCCUCGGCCCCAGGGAUGAAAAGGGCCACUUCCCUGAACGUCUUGCACGUGGGCGAGAGAGCGGCGGCUGCGUCCCCGACGCAGCCCAGUAGCAGGACCCUGACCGGCGCCCGGACGCUGAGCUCCAGCUCCCAGGACCUCAUGCAAAGCAGCUCCACUUAGGCCUGGCUUGGCCCCUCUUCCCACCGCGCUUCCCUCGCUGCUGCCUUUAGGCUGGGCCGAAGCUUGAGCCUCUCUCUCCUCCCCUCGGCCAGCUUUCAGCUGAGCUUGUGGGGCUGCUGGAACCAGGGCGGGGGGUCCUGCACCAGGUGGAGACCCCCCCCCACCAUCCCACAGCUGGAACGCCCCUGUUCACUGGGGCCUCUGUGGCUGCAUGAAGGGUCUUCCCUGUGAGAGGUGGGCUGGGAUGGAGAUCAGGUCCGGCCCCCCUGCAAUCAGGACAAACAGGCUGUUAUUUCUCAGGACCUUUGGGGGGGCAGUGGGUGGCCCUUCCCAAAGCAGCUGGACAGGAGGGUCUCUGCCCCCCACUCCACUGCUGCCUUAACUCUUUGCGUACGACCAGGUAAAGUUGCACUCCUCUUCCCCCCCGCCCAGUGGAAAAAAAUCGCUGCUAUUUCCCUCCAGCCAAAGUCACAAUAUUUAUUGUAUUUAUGCAACAGGAAGCAUAUCUCUCUGCCCCAAAUAAAUGGUUGUAAAUGGAUACUGGACCAGUGACUGCUGAA